AUGCUCGAGAAUGGCCUCCCAGCACUGUCAUUGUAUGGUGUAAAGUCACAGUGUGCACUGACGUUUGAAGGUUUUGAGCCAACAGAACAAAUACCUCCCGAUCCAAUGCAUGAUCUUCAUGAAGGGGUCAUAUCCUUUGUCUUGAAACAUGUGCUCUUUAGACUUGUUAUUCAAGACAAGUGUUUCACCUUAGAGACAUUGAACAAGUGCAUCGAAACUUUUGCGUAUGACCCAUGCGACGCAAAGAACAAACCAGAACCAGUUGCUCGAACUGCACUGGUAGGCAAGGGCACACUGAGAGGCAGCGCGUCGCAGAAGUUUUGCCUUCUUAGGCACCUGGCGCUCUAUAUUGGUGAAUGUGUGUUCUCAGAUAAUCGGGCAUGGAAAAUCUACCUUCUCCUCAGGGAGGUUGUCGACCUCCUAAUGUGCAGAGACAUUCCUGUUGACCACAUCCCCUAUUUGUAUCGUCGCAUCGAAUUGUUCAGACAAGAAUUUGAAUCUGUUUUUCCUGGUGUUAAAGUGCCGUGCAAGAUGCAUUAUCUCCUGCACUAUCCAUCCUUCAUCUACAAGUAUGGGCCACUGGUUGCAUUAUGGUCGAUGCGAUACGAAGCCAAGCACCAGUACUUCAAGGAUGUUGCCAGGAAAAUAAAAAACUUCAAGAACAUUGCUUUUUCUCUUGCACAGAGGCACCAGUUGUAUCAGAUGUUUGUGUGGACACAGCACACUUUGGAGGAUGCCAUAACCACCGUCGCCAGCAAGACUGUUAUUCUGGAGCAUGCACCUGAGCCACUUAGGUUAUAUCUUGCAAUAAGCAGUGGUCAGGAACAGCACAUUUGUUCCAUGAAAAGUGUGACAGUGAAUGCCAGAACAUACACCACGGGCUGUGUAGUGACACAACUCCAAGAACAUGACUUGCCAGAUUUUUAUGAGGUGUGUGGCAUUUAUGCUGUCAACCGCCGUGUCACUCUCUUUCUAAGGCGGCUUGUCACGGAGGAGUUCGACACACACUUAUUUGCUUACGUGGUGAGUCGCAGUGAGGAAACAAUGGUGACAGACAGACUUUCUGACUUCCUUUCUGACCUACAAACUGUCCACAGGAAAGAACACAGGGACGUAGUAAACCCACGACAAGCACUCCUGUGA